ACCCCUUACCCCAAACAUUAGCCCUGUUGAGACAUCUCCUGUUUUCCUCUUCAGGUUGCUGACACCAGCAGUGCUGUGUAAACAUGGGUUUUAUCGGCGCCGCUUUAUGAGCCAUGACUUCUCUGGUUUAAUUGGCUCCAGCAUGAACGACAUCAUGGAGGAACAGGAGAAGGACGGUCUGCUGGCAGAGUCUCCGGCCGCAACGAAGCCGGGCAGCAGCAACAGCAGACCCAAACCGGUUCUGGAUGGAGGGAACAGACCAGUGGAGAAGAGAGGACCCUAUAUUAUGUCCAAAGUUCCUGCAAUACAUACUAAAUUACAGAAACACAGAGAGAUGGCCAGAAGAGUGCUGAAGAAGAAAGGCUUUUCGUCCGGUGGGCCGGUCAUGCAGCAGCCCAGGCAUGGGGCUAAAAAUGUGAAGUUCAAUAAGGGAUAUGCAGCACUUAGCCAGAAUGCAGAAGACACGCUAAUAUCUUUGGACUCGGACAGUGACGUAGAGCUGGAGUCCCAGUGUUCUUCUGGAUAUUCCUCUGCAGAGGUGCACCCGGAAUUAAGCCAGCAGCUGCUGAAGGACGGCUACAGGCUGGACGAAAUCCCCGACGACGAGGACCUGGACCUCAUUCCACCAAAAGCCAUGGGCUCCUCCAUCUGCUGCUGCUCAUACAGCCCAUCCUGCUCAAUGCAGUGAGAACCACCCUUAUCCUACAACCUUAAACCCUUCAGCCACCACGCUGGACCCGCAGAAGCUGCCUUCCAGCAGAUGGAACCGUUCCUGAGGCAACUGGAGCUCAGGACUUUAGAACAGCCCAAAGUUCCGUCAAGCUCCUGUGAGGUUCUAGAGCUUCAGUAAUGACGGUGCUGCUACAUUUCAUACUGUUCUCCCAACAGAUUACAGCUGGAUGGAGUUGUCCGUGUGGCAGCCUGUUACGCUGAUCCCACAAAUAGCAUAGCACUUUUGCCGAGUUAAGGCUCUCCAAACCUGCACGGUGCUUCUGGUGUUACUUUAAGGGAGGUUUCCUAAAAGUGCUGCAGAGAUUAUCGCAAAAUGGUAUGAUUUAUUUCCCUUCUCUGCCAUUUAAGAUGAACUUAACCCUGCUGUGCUAUUGGGAAACACCCUCUAGGCAAACUGUCAUCAUACUAACCUUUAGCUCAUGCCUAAGCAGACAGAUAGAGGUCUUGUCCUGUUCGGGCUAAUUCAUAAUUCUAGCCCACCUAAUCUUCAGGAGAAACUAGUAAUGCUGCUGCAACAUAAACCAUCUAAGUAGAUUGAGCAGAACACCAAAUGUCCAACUACAUUGACCACUUUCUUAAUGAACAGACUGGGGUAGCUGUGGUCAGUUUAGGAAUUUCUAGGCUACAUUUAUAACUUUGAGAAUGUUUAUUUUAAUGGAACCUAGUAGUCUAUUCUCUGUAUCUACUGGUCCCAAUCCCAGUGUUACACACUCCGGAAACAGCACAUUUGAUCAAUAGGUGUUGAAUCAAUUGAAUCGCGUGUUGGAUGAGAGAGAAGCAGCACUGGGACUGGUAACACCAGGCCAGGGGUCAUGAUUUUAGAUCCUGGAAGGCCUUAAUCCAGCACUGUUUGGUAAGUUUUCGUUCUCUGAAACACAUGAUUCAACAGUUACUUACCAGGUUCAGUGGGUGCAUUUUAGCAGAGAAGUCACCAAACUGCUGCCCUGCCGUACGUCAGAAUGCACAGUACACUGCAAAAGUCAAAGUCCACCAUUCAUUUAAUUUCCAAAUUUCCAUUUUCAAAAAAAGCUUUGAAGUAAAAGUAAUUAAUUUUUCAAUAUCAGGAAAAUAGCAUAAACUAUUACAUCGAAGCCUCAACAACCAUAUAUAUAAUAUGUAGUGUAGUUAGUAUUAUGUUUGCUCCCCCUUUCAUUCUUUUCAGGAGACUCACUUUCAGUUUCCAAAGAAAUUUGUAGGGAUAUUUUUCCAAACCUCCGACAUUCAGUCUUAGAUGUUGGUUA